GAAAAGCCUCUGUCUCAUUGGCUGUAAUACUGCUACACCGACGCAGGUGCCCUCGGUUCCCCAAUCAGCUCACGCCGGCGGCUCUGCUGAUGCUCGGCGCACUGCUGGGCAGGAGUCCAUGCGCUCUGGCUGGUGGUAAUUUAUCGGACAAUAAACAGUAGUGUAUAUAAACUGAGACGAGCAGGUUAGGAAACGGUUUACUGUGGGACAAUACAAAUACAAGCGUGAAAAACGGAGAAGCUCACUGAUGGCGACUCGCAGCAGGCCGGGCAGUAAGAAGUGUGCUGUGAUCGGGGGCUCUGGCUUCCUCGGCCAGCAUCUAGUGGAGAAGCUCCUGGAGAAGGGAUAUGCUGUGAAUGUGUUCGACAUCCGCCAGGGCUUCAACAAUGACCGCGUCACCUUCUUCCUGGGGGACCUCUGCUGCAAAGAGGAUCUUGUCCCAGCACUGGAGGGGGUGACUGUUGUGUUCCACUGUGCUUCUCCUGCUCCAUCCAGCAACAACAAAGAGCUGUUCUACAGAGUGAACUACACAGGAACCAAGGCAGUCAUCCAGGCCUGCAAAGAGGCUGGAGUUCAGAAAGUGGUUCUGACGAGCAGUGCCAGCGUUGUGUUUGAAGGCACUGAUGUGAAGGAUGGCACUGAAGACUUGCCCUAUGCCAAGAAGCCUAUUGAUUACUAUACAGAGACCAAAAUCCUGCAGGAGAAGGAGGUCCUGGGUGCAAAUAACCCUGAUGAGAAUUUCCUGACAGUUGCAAUUCGUCCCCAUGGGAUUUUCGGACCAAGAGACCCCCAGCUGGUUCCGAUUCUGGUAGAGACUGCCCGAAAGGGGAAGAUGAAAUUCAUCAUUGGUGACGGGAAAAACCUGGUGGAUUUUACCUAUGUUGAAAAUGUGGUACAUGGUCACAUCCUGGCAGCCGAGAGCCUUCACAAAAAUUCACCAGUCUGUGGAAAAGCCUACCACAUCACGAACGACGAGCCCGUGCCGUUCUGGGAGUUCCUGUCCCGAGUGCUGGUGGGCCUGGACUAUGAGCCCCCGCGCUACCGCCUGCCUUACCUACUCGUAUACUACCUGGCUCUGCUGCUCUCCCUGCUGGCCCUGCUGCUGAAGCCCUUCAUUGCCUUCCAACCCACCUUCACCCCCAUGCGAGUCGCUCUGGCCGGCACUCACCACUACUACAGCUGCAAGAGAGCUAAAGAGGACAUGGGCUACAGGCCCCUGGUCAGCCUGGACCAGGCUAUUGAGAGAACAGUGCAGAGCUACCCCCAGCUGCGCCGGGCUGAGUAACAGGAGAGCAGGGGCUAGUACACGGUCUAGUGCCCCAAAUUACCAGUGAGGUGUAUGUAAGGACCGAGGAGUGUGUUUUGUGAAGAUGUCCUCCUUCCAGUGUCCUUGGGGAAUAAUGUUCAAUCUGUUUGCACAAUGGUUUGACUACAUUCCCCUGUAAUAUCAAUGCUUUUGUGUCAGAAUGUUAAACAAGAGUAAUAAAAAGAUAGAACCUUUACUUUAAUCUCACACAGUAGGUUUAAUGCACUGAGGAAGUGUACUGGUUUGUUUAUUUUGAACUUUUUAUAAGGCUUAAUCUAGUGAAGCUGAUUAUGGUAAUGUGGUAAUUUCUACCUAUCUGAAGCAGGAUCCCAGGAGAUGGGGCAGGCACAUAUAGCUGUUGUAAAUGUCUACGUGCAUGCUACACAAUGAACACGUAUGAGGCUUGGUGUGUGCACACCUAGCAACAUGGUGAAUUCAUAACACAGGGAAAAAGGAAACAUGCAGCUGAUAUAAAUUCAACUAUUUUGGGACCCGUUGGAUAACAUAACUUAGGCUGGUCAUGCUAUCCAUAAAUGAUCUUAACUACACCCAAGUUCCUAAGUUGUUUCUUACUAGUUGUGUACCAGUUACAUUCUAUUUAAUACAUAUUGAUGUAAUGUGUUUUAAACCGUUCAAAAUGAGUGUGAAACUUUAGUUAGGGAAGGUGAGAAAUUACUGUUCAAAUAGGAGAAUGAAAAGGUAAAAUUUGGCUGAGAUUUAUUUAUUUUUAACAAAGUAUCUCCACAGAGACAGUUGUUGAAUGGCAAUCGCUUUCACUUUUUCUUUCUGUCGUUUUCGCUGUUUAAUUUUGUCAGCUUGGUUAUUCUUUUAAUUAAGACUGUCAAGAGUUGCUGAAUGAUACACAACAGCUUACUUGUGCUCCUAACUGUUUACUAUGGUACUAUUGCAAAUUAAGCCUUACUAAUUGGAAUAAAAGAGAAAUCCAUUAUA